AUGGUAAAAAUUAUCACACCCCUCGAAAAUCGAGAAAAUACGAUAACAACUCGUUCUUAUGCUAGAAUUGGUCUUAUAGGAAAUCCAUCAGAUGAUUGUAAUUUAUCAUUUGAUUCAAUUGAUCAUUUAGUUGAAAUAUCUAAAAAUAAAGGGUACGAUGAAAAUUAUUGUUUAUUACAAGCUACUUGUAAAGUAUUUUUAGAAUAUUGUUUGAAAAAUAACAUCAUUCUUAAUCAACGAGGUUUUUCAAUUCAUUUUAUUACUAAUAUACCAAGACAAGUCGGUUUGGCGGGUUCCUCCGCUAUCAUAUCGGCAUUUUGGAAAGCCUUAAUGUUUUUUUUUAACAUUUCUAAUAAAAUCAUUCCAUUACCUAUACAAGCCAAUUUAAUUCUUUCCGUUGAAAAUGAUGAAUUAAAUAUUUCUGCUGGGUUACAAGAUCGUGUUAUUCAAGUUUAUGGAGGAUUAAUAUAUAUGAACUUUGAUGAAGAUCAUAUGAUAAAACAUGGUUUUGGAAUUUAUGAAAGGUUAGAUGUUAGUUUAUUACCAAAAGGAUUAUGGAUUGCUUACGAAUCAAAUCCUAGUGAUUCCGGUAAAAUUCAUAACGAUGUACGAAAGAGAUAUGAAGCAGGUGAUCGAAAAACAAUUGAUUCGAUGAAACGAUUCGCAUCAUUUGCCGAGCAAGCACGUCAAAUUUUAAUUAAUAAUAACAGAUCAAAGAGGAAAGAACUUGCUAAACUUAUGAAUAAAAAUUUCGAUUUAAGACGCGAAAUUUUUGGUGAUCAAUUUUUAGGUCAAAUGAAUUUACGUAUGAUUGAAUUGGCUAGGGAAUGUAAUUUUGCCGCCAAAUUCACUGGAUCUGGUGGUGCAAUUUUAGGACUUUGGAAUGGUGACGAUGAUGAUGAUUCAAAAAUGUUAGUAAAUGCCGAAAAAUUAAAAAGUGCAUUAGAAAAAGAAGGAUUUUUUUUUUGUUGGUUAAACUCCAAAGAAUGA